GUGUGUGUGUGUGUGUGUGUGUGUGGGCAGUGAGGAGCGCAGAGACGCGUCUUCUUUAAGAGCGCGUUCUCCGACUCGCUGCCAUUUCCCAGCUUGUCGCAUCCAAGCGCGUCACGACUUAACCGACUAUCACAAUUCAUAGCACGUUACAGUCUCCCGGGCGAAUGUGAUGGCGUCCGUUACGUUAGGACAACACCCGGCUCGGCAUCACCUUGAUUCAGAGAAUCUGUUCUUCCGCAAAUUAGCGAACGAGGGGAAGAAAUUAAUGCGCAAACCGUCAAGGGAGAAAAUGACGCGUGAGCGCGCGGGGGUUGCUGCAACAGAAGAAGUGCUAUUAAACAACCGAAUAUCUUUAGACCCGGGAAGCCGGACGGCAUUAGAGAUGUGCGACAGCACUAAUGCUGAACCGCCACGUAUUACGGACAGGACGUCGGACGCGGACGGAGACCCAGCGGCGCAGCGCGCACCGGAAUGCGCGUCUCGCGACGCGGCACAGGCGCAGACGCGCAGCCUCGCCGACGCGCAAAACGCGAACGCGAACAACAACGGCAUCAGCAGAGGUUACCCGCGGAGAAGCUCAGCGAAAUACAUCAACGAACUGUCACAUCGGUCAGGAGGCAAACGUGGAAAGUUCAGAUCAUUGUCCGCAGACGGAGACACGUUAGAAGGACUCCAGCUCGAGCGGCUCAUGCAGGGCAGACGAGGCGUCGUAAAGCUGCUCCGGACUGGACAACCGAGAAGACAAGCAUGGUCAAUAUUCGAUCAAGAUGAUCCCGAGGUAAAUGAUGAAAGAGGAGAAGGCCACCGUUUCGUCCCGUUCAGGGUCACGCAGGACUGGUGCGACGCCUGUAACCGGUUGAUCAAGAGCAUGGCGUUUCGGUGCGAAUACUGCAGUUACACUUGUCACCUGGAAUGUGAGAACCAUGUUCGGCUCGACUGUAACCAGGGAAACGGGCAGAAAGAAGAGACGUGUUCCGACUCCCCCGGCCGAACAUAUUCUACAGCGCCUCCAGCGAAGAAUACCGCUAAAGAGGUUGAAGAGGAAAAGCAACAGUCCCUCACCGAGGAAGAGGUCAAGGCGAAGAUAGAAGAGUACAACUCUCAAGUGACCGAAAAUGGAAUGAACUUAGCUGCUGAUGGCACAUACAACGGGUUCAUCAAGGUCCACAUGAAGCUUCGGCGGCCAGUAACAGUACUAGAAAAGGACCCAAACAGCUCAUGGAACUUAGAGAACAGCUCAGCGGAGGCGGACACAUCAGACAAACGCACAUCCUUCUAUCUGCCCAGUGAAGCACUCAAGCAGCUCCAUGUUAGCAGCACCACCACAGUCAGAGAGGUCAUCGAGGGCCUGCUCCGGAAGUAUACGGUGCAGGACAAUCCACUCAAAUUUGCUCUCUACAAGCAAAUGCACCGCCAUGGACAGGAUCUUUUCCAGAAGCUUCCGGACUCUGAAUACCCUCUGCUCCUUCGCCUGCUGGCAGGUCCUGAUCUGGAGAAACUCUCGUUCGUACUGAAAGAAAAUGAGACGGGAGAAGUAGAGUGGGACGCGUUCUCCAUGCCUGAGCUGCAUAACUUUCUGGCCAUCCUGGAGAAGGAGGAAAGGGAAAGGGUGAAGCAGGUAGAGCUGCGCUACAUGACCUAUCGUAAGAAACUUAUCAACGCUCUGGAGGAAGUGCAGAACAAACCUGGCUAACGCACUGAACCUAUGGACAGACUCAUAAAAACUCUCUGCGUAGGAUUCCCUCAUAACCCCCACCAGACCUCGCACCUGACUUCUGGAGUCUAACAAAGUGACCAGAGAAGGUGUGUGAGGUGGUGUUAGGACUUAAAGAACAUAAAGAACAAGGGGAGAGUGACGGAUCACACAAUCACAUCACUCGGGAACCUAAACGGCAGACGCACAAAGAUCCAGGAGUGUGAUUCUGACUGACGUGGUUGAUGUUUGAAAAGGAUUUGUUUUUGUCUGUCCACAUUUCUGUAUGAUGCUGCUGCUAUGACUGCUACUGCGAGUGUUACUUAGCAUGACUUUCUUUUUUGUUAUCUUUGCUAGCGUGUCCUUCAUCAGGUAUUUUUUUAAAGUAGACAAAGGAAAUGGGGGGGGGGGGGGAUUUGGCAAGCAUCAAUGUUAUAAAGAUUCCAUAUUCCUGGAAGUGAAUUAAAGUAAGUGAAUAAAUGUAAAGAUAGGUCUAGGUUAAAGACCUGGAUCUUAUGCUAUAAAGAAAUCAAUACGCACUCACACUCACUUGCUUUUUACAGCAUCAUUUGUAUCUUAACUAAAACCAUUAUGAACAACGUACUGUAUUCAGUCAGACUUUCUGUACUAAUCAAUACGCCAUUUCCUGAAAGCAUCCUCCGUUCUAGCCGCACACCUUUCAAAUCUAUAACCUCGACAUGUCUCUCACUGCAUAUAUUCGACAUGUCCAAUCAGCACUGAUCAUAACCUAUCAUCCAUAUACAUACGUGUGUACAUUUGGAAAGAUGUGGAGGCUUUUUCAGUCUAAUCUAUAAACUUUAUAAAUUAGUCUGGAUAGAUAUACUGUACAUUAUAAGCAUUCUGGAACGCAGGCGUCUCAAACCAGAACCCUACAGAAAUGUGAAACAGCUAUAGCGUACAUGUAGAGUGUAUAGUGACUGUGUGUGUGUGAGUGUGAGUGUGUUCUUGUUUCUGUUCUGGUGUGAAAGCAUAAGAAAAUGUAUAGAAGCACCCAGCCUCAACACUCAGCCAUCACACAACUCAGAGCUUUCCCACAAACUGUUGUUUCUUAAUAAUUCACUGUCUGGAAUCUAAUAUGUAGGAUAUAUGAUUAUAUAAGAUGUACUGUAGCUUAGAUAAUCAUAUCAUAUAAGAACAUCUGAUCAUUGUUUCAGAUAAGUGGGUAAAGCAAGGCUGUUAGAAGCUGAGAAACACCAUUGGGCUUUUCACACUGAGCUUAAUCCUGGGUUAUUGUUGAUCUCUGCUUUGCAUCCCGGGUAGAGGAAGGUUUCACACUUGGAAUUUAGAAGUGAACGCUUGCUCUAAAAUUGAUCAGGAAUGAACCGUUAAUAUGAUGUGCGUUAUAUGAUUAAUAUGAUGUCGUGUAAACAGUAGUUGCAGCUUUUGUGGGGGAAAAUACUAAAAUGUCAAACAGUGAUAGAAACAUGACGAGAGAGACGAGACACUUUUAUUUUUAAAAGUUAUGGUAAGAGAAGCGCGUACAGGACAAACCGGAUAGAACAGUCAGAAACAAACUGACUGAAAAAUUAGCAGAAACUGGAUAUCAACUACACGACAUCCUUAAAAAGGUCAACAAAAAAAAAAAAGCUGUAAAAGGUAAACAAUGCCUAUUUGGGCACUUAUUUUAGACCCAAUUCUUAAAGCCCAGUGAAAGGACUGAUGUGAAAACUGGAGAAAAUCUCUUAUUUAAAUUAUACAACAUGUAGACAAUGUCAAGCGUCAAACAAGAUAACCCAGGAUUCUUUUCACCCCGGAGUAUCCAAUCACUCAGGGGAAAGAUUUUGAGUGUGAAAAGCCCUAAUAAUGAAUUUUACACCAAAGUUACAAAUAAGGGACGAAUAAGCCUAGUAUUUUAUAAUAAAUGAAACAUUGUAGAUUUCAAAAAUAGUUACUUGCACAAGGCAGAACAGACCACAAAGUGGUGAGCCAGAAUAUAGUACAGUAUAUAAAAAUAUAUAAUAAUAAUAAUAAAUAAUCCUGGUUACUUCGUAACGAGGGAACGAUCUGCUUUGUACUUUUCUUCCGAUUCUAAAAUGUUUUAACAAAGAUUAAUGUUGCUUUAAAUCGUGUUUGAGAUUUCAUUCUGUCUGACACUGAAUAUCAUCAUGAAGCUCAUAAUAGUGAUGUUACUAGAAAGCACAGCAAGGUGAUGAGUAAUGAGAGAAGGUCAGUGAUGUGAACUGUACAAUCUGAUAAUAACGUCUUUGUUCCAGGCUUUUUUUUCUUGUGCCAGUUUCUCCUUUGCAUUGUAAAUUAGUCGCCAGGGACAAUCCAGACUAACAUGCACUGUGUUAUGUUAGAAUGUUUUUUUGUUUUUUUUCUACAGUCUGAUCACCUGUGUUAAGUAAGCUGCACCCAAUGAUCACUGUUAGAAUGAAUUUAACACAGGUUUGUUUGACUGUAAGCAUAAAUACACACUGAUUGGAAGUAAUGACCAAAAAAGGUCAUUUUAGGGCUUAAUUUUAAAGUCUUGUCUUGUUUCCUCCAUGUUUUUUGCCCCUGUGCUGCCUUGCUGGCUUUGACGGUAGUUUUAAAAGUGCGCCUCCUAGAGCAUGGGAGGUAUAACACACAGCCAUGAGAAAACUGAGUAGGAUGGAUCGAAUACCUCCUUUCGUCCUAUCCCACUCGCUCUUGUGUUCCCGCUGGCAGUGCCUUUUGUCUGUGUGUAGCCUUACCUGAGUGUGUGUGUGUGUGUGUGUGUGUGUGUGUGUGUGUGCGUGCUUGGUUUACUUUGUUUAUCUGCCUCAGAAAAUGAGGAUAAAUGUAUAAGAUUGAAAGAAUAAACUGUGUGUGUUUGUGUAAGUCUGUUUUUAACUUAUUUUCUGAUGCAUUUGGGGUUGUGGACAAAUCAGUGCUAUCUGGCAAAUCCUUUGUUUUUCAAGGAUUCAGAAGUGUAUAUCAUCUGUAAAACUGUAAAGAUAAUGAACAAUUAAAUAAAAUGUCACAAUUUUA